GCUCCCGCGCGCUUGGGCCACAGGGUUCCCCCCCUCGAAGUUCAAUCUGAGUUAGUUGCGUACGCAGUUGCUGACAAAGUCCUCGUGCCCAACAUGGGCCAUCGCCGCAGCCCCUCGCCGCCCCUUGCGCUUGGACCCGAGCCAUGGGAGCGGCAGCCGCCCGCGGGCGACUGGCUCUGGCCGCGGCCGCCCUUCGCAGCCGCCCUUCGCCCGCGCGGCCCCGGCGCACACGGGAGGCACGCCGCGCAGUUGGCGGCGGCGGCGGCGGCGCAGCCGCCCCGCAUCAGGCGGCCGCCUGGGCUCGCGGAGCUGGCGCAGCGUGAGGUUCGGUUCAUGCGGCCGCCUGGGCUCGCGGCGCUGGCGCAGCGUGAGGCCGCGCGCGCGCCGCCGGCGGGCGAGCUGCGCGGGCCUCGCCUGGACGCGCUCCUGCAGGGGAUACCGACCCCCCUCCGCCUGGGCCAGCGGGCGGCCGCUCGGGCCGCCGCACAGGCUCUCGAGCCGCCCGCAGACGGCUCCGCCGCCGGCGUGCGCGAGGAGGCCAUGCCAGCCGUGGCAGACCCAGGUGCCGCCGCUGACAUACCCCCACCAGUUCGCGACAGUAUGGGCAGAGCCGCACUCUCUGACGCGCAGCCUUUUGCCAUGUCAGCGGGGCCCGCCCGCCUCGUCGACGCCGGGCAGACCCCAAUGGGUGCGCAUGCGCCGUGA